AUGGACGGGCUGCCUGGGGAGCUGUGCUUCAAGAUCUUCCACCUCCUCGAUCACCAGUCCCUCGCCGCCGCUCCCCAAGCUUGCGGUGGCCUGAAUUGCCCGAGCUGUAUAGUCUGCAGGAAGUGGAACGCGUUGACCUGCGACGACGAGCUGUGGCGCAAGCUGUUCGAGGACAGGUGGGGAGCGGACGCCACGGCCUUCUACGCGCCGGAGCCGGAGGGCGCCAAGCCCUGGAAGGACGUCUUCGUCGUGCAGGACCGAUGCGACCGAUACGGCCUGGGCGUCAGGAUCAUCAGGGAGGGAAACGACUACUACCUGAUCUACCAAGGCGAGAUCCAGAGCUACCUGGGCACGAGCUGCGACGCCAAGGACGCGCAGCCGCAGGGCGCUGAAGCGGAGAAGAGGCAGAUAUCUGACCGGAUCCUCUUCUUCCUGGGGGACCUGGAGACUGCUUAUGCCGACGCCAAGCGUGUCAAGACGUGA